UCGGGUAAUUUUCGGCAAUUCUCGGGUAUCCUUGGAUGGUCGAUUCCGCUGAUCCCAUGAGUGAAUUGCAUAAAUGGUGGACUUUGAGCGCGUCUGGGAUGUUUGGAUUGUCAUGGAUGGCCAACUCAAAACAUUGCCAAAAACUGGUCCAUUUUUCGGGUUCCCCAGAAAAUUUCGGUAUUUCCAUAGGAGCGAUUUUGAAAGAGUCGUAAGCUGGAUUUCGAGGUAAUUCCUCUUGGUAUGUUCGCUGGGAAGGAUGCGAAUGUCGGGAUUGAAUAGAAGCGCUCCGUGAUCUAGUCCUGGACUGGAGAUUGCCGGAAGUGCUCUCCCGCUCGACUAUUUCAUCGAUUGUGUCGAUGAUGGCCUGGGCGUCCGCGACCCAUUCAGUAAAGUGCCGGUAAUCUUCUAGUAGGG